AUGGGGUUGCAGCGCACCCAGCUGCGGCUGGCAGAGCAAGCCAGCCCCACGCGUGCACUAAAGGAAGCUUCAGGGAAGCUUCCUUUGCUGGCUUACGCGCAGCAUGCCAAAGCCGAGGGGGAGGAUUUAGGGGAGGUGGUAGAGGCGGUCGAGGCGGCCGUGGUGGUGGCGGUGGUGGGGGUCGCGGCAGAGGAGGCGGCGCUGGAGGUUUCAAGAGUGCCCGAGGCGGAGGUCGGGGUGGGGGCCGUGGAGGCGGCCGUGGCGGUGGUCGCGGUGGGGGUGGUGGCGGAGCCAAAGUGGUGGUAG